AAGUGUGUAACACUGCCAACAUCAGCGUGCAGGUCAAUCCGCCCAAAAUCUACAGACGGAGUAAAGCAAUUCAGGUUUGGACAGUCAGGCAAAGCGCAGACUGCGACAUGAACUCUGACGUGGAUGCGGAGAGGUGCUCUAAUAAUCUUUAAUUACACUAACUGCCGAAAAGAUGGACGUUUUCCCGGAAAUAACGUUCGAGUCGAAUUACGAAUGGUCGUCAGGAGAGGACGAGGAAAAGGAACAAAGCCGGGAUACGUCCGUGCAGACUUCCCGCUGCGCAUAUAUAACAUCAGCUGACCUGGACAAACUGGAGAAGAGCAAAAAUGAAGCGAACACAUUAAGACAAACAGCGUGGGCUUUAAACUGCUUUCAGACAUGGCUAAGUCUGAAAAAUAUAAACCUUGACUUCAAGUCUGUGGAGAAGCCCGAGCUGAACACCGUUUUGAGGGAGUUUUACGGAUCCAUCCGGACAACCAAAGGGGAGCUCUACAGCAUUAGCAGCUACGUCGGACUUCGUGCUGGUUUAAACCGGUACAUCAAUGAGCCUCCGCUCAGCCGUUCGUGGAAUUUAAUACAGGACCCGGAAUUCACGCCAGCCAAUAACGUCUUUAAAGGUGUUGUUAAAGAGAUCAGAAGGUCGAGGAAGGACCGGACAACGCACUACCCACCGAUUUCACCUGAAGACCAGCGCGUCUUAAAAUUCUCAGCGGCGCUAAACCCAGACAAUCCGAAGGGUUUACUGAACAAAGUCUGGUACGACAUUCAGUUGCAUUUUGGACGCCGGGGCAAAGACGGAAAUCGGGAUCUCAAACCUGACUGCUUCAUCCUAAAACGUGACGAGAACGGAGCUAACUAUUUCACCAUGACGUUCAGCAAAGAAACAAAAAAUCAUAAAGAUCCCCAGGACAGAGAAAAUCAGAGAGGUGCGAUGUUUGAAGAGCGAGGAAAUCCACUCUGUCCUGUUGCAUCUCUGCAAAAAUACCUGAGGAAAAUCCCGCCAGGUGCGAAAGCCCUCUACCUGCAGCCUAGGAAGGACGUCGCUCCGACGGACACCUUCUGGUAUACCAGCGUUCCCCUGGGAGUAAACCAACUGUCCCAGAUGUUACCCAAGAUAUGCAAAGAGGCAGGGAUACACACGACUUACACCAACCACAGCCUGAGAGCCACGGCCGUACAGAAACUGUCGGAUGCGGGACACGAGGCGAGGGAGAUCAUGGCGCUGAGUGGGCACAGCUAUGAAGGCAUUUCACAGACCAGAGGCCGUGAGAGGAAUCCCUCUGCAGCCCAGGAAGUUUCUCUUAGUGGGAGCUGUAAAUCAGAAGAUGACCCGUCAGCGCCGGUGGAGAUUGAGCUCGAAUUAACAAGCAGCAUGGUGGAUAAACCCUCUGUUGGAUGUGGAAAAGAUCUGAAGUUGUCUGCUUUAGAUGAGGACGAAUACAACAGCUUAGCCGAAAGCAGUUACGCGAUCCUGAGCAAAGAGGUGCUGCUGCUUCUGAUGUUCCGCUGUUUGGAGUGCUCCAGCGAGUGUCGCAUUCGAGGAAUAGGCAAAGGAGGGAGUCUGUCUCUCGGACAAGAGUGUCUGUCCUGCUCGAAUUACAGACUGUGGACGUCUAGACAAGCGGAGAAGCCGAAGGAGAAGGUAGCUGAUGCGCCCUCGGUCACGCCGUACGAAGACGCACCUGACAACUUUUCACUAUCUGUGACUCUACACUCAGGACAUAGUGCGGCGGAGUGUAAAAAUGCGGCCGCACGAGAUGAGGCCGACGCCGAGAACAUUUCAAGCGUCAUAGUGAAAGAGGAACCUGAAGACUGCGACGAGGUGGUGAAGGAGGAGCAGCCGGGCGUCCUCAUCGAGACACACGAGGGUUACGCUUCCACCGCUCCAGGAGAUGACGGAGUCGCAGCCGUUAAAGAUGAGGCAGAUGAAUUAACGCCGUACGAGACACUCGAUUUUCAGACUGAACAGGAAACCCUGCUGAUCGACGAGACCGGUCGAGUGAGGCGAGCCGAGCUACCGAGGGACAACGACGACAACGACGAAGAGGAUCUCGAAGAGAAUUCCGAAUCUGACGAGGACUCGAGCUCGUCCGAUCUGUCUGAGGAUUUGGGUGAGGAAUCUUCUGAUUUGGAGAACGGCAGGAAGCUUAUGGCGCUAAAACCAUUUCAGAACACUAUCAAACCCGUUAUUUGGUGUACAGACUGUACAGACGUGGCCAAGAUGAUCUGUACGAUUCGGAGGCAUAAAAGGAUCUACGGUUGCGCAGAGUGUGGCGGCAACAGUGAGGGGCAAGAAAACAAAACCGCUUUUAAAGACUUCUCCAUUCAUUUCAGUGACAUAACAAGUUUCCAUAAGCAUGCCAUAAAGGAGCACGGUGCAAAAGAAAUUCCUCCGGAAAACAGAGUGUGUGAGGACUGCCACAAGACCAUCAGGAUGUCGACAAACCCUAACAAAAAGCAGAAAGAGCACGUGUGUGAGUACAAGAUCAAGCCGUUCGCGUGCCACUUGUGUCGAAAGCGCUUUUUCACUGAAACGGGCCAGAAAGUUCACUACCGCCGUCUUCACGGAGACUACACGCACUUCUGUAAAUACUGCAUGACGCCGUUCGACACAAAAGAGUCCAAACUGAGGCACGAGACGACUCACAGCGAAGAGCUGCUGCCUUACAUUUGCCCCGACUGUCCAGAGAAGUUCCAAGACUUUGUCGCGCGCAACCAGCACCUGCGCAGCCACCGGGGCGAAAAGAAACACAUGUGUGACAAGUGCAACCGGAGAUUCGGCGACCUCGCGAGCUACGACCGGCACAUGCGGAUACACUCCGGAGAGAAACCGUACAUGUGCAACGUCUGUGAGCGUUCCUUCACGCAAGCUGGGCAUCUCAAGUCACACAUGCGCCUGCACACGGGCGAGAGGCCGUUCAUGUGCGAGCAGUGCGGGAAGUGUUUCAAUCACAACGUCAGCCUCAAGAAUCACUUAAGAAAGCAUCACCGCGGCGAAGGAGAAGAGGACCGGCCGACGGCCGACGCCUUCGGGACGCCGAAGCGGCCUAGAAAGAGAGCGAGGAAAAGGUGCACUCUGCAUGCCGAGGACGCGAAGAACGACGGAGAGUCGGAGAGUCGCUCCGAGAGCGAGUCGUCCGGUUCCGACGAGGAGUGGACGAAAAGAGGAAGGAAGAAGAAAGCCAGGAGGAAAAGAUGUGAGGGAAAAAGCGCAGACAACGACAAUAAGCAUGGUGAUUGAGCACGACAUCACAGACUCCGCCUUCUACGUUCAUCCUUAUCAAAAUAAAGCUGCUAUCCAUUAAAGAAGUGGCGAUCGGUUUAUGGGACCCGUCCACCACCUUAGAUAAUUUUUUUUGGACCAAAUUUAUGUAAAUACCUUUUUAAUUUAAUUAAAGCAUGGGCCAAUAGAAAUCAUCCAAGGGGGUGGGGUCUAAUUACAGUAUAUGACAGUUUUCUGUGAAGUUGUUUUUUUGCAAGGCUAAUUUCUUUUCAGGUUUGUCGCUCCAUGUAGUACGAGUCGUAUCAUGUUGAUAAAGACUAUCUGUAUCUGAAACACUACUCUUGCUUCAGAAACACAUCACACUAUGACUAUGCUUUUUUUGGCUUCAUUAUGACGAAUAACGGCGAUCUGACCUGGCCACACGCGCGUCCUCUGUCUGUACACUGAAACCAGGGACAGUCAUGACAUUCGGGUGUCUCCCGGUACCUCACAUUCCUGUAACGUAAAUAAAUUAAUUAAAAAAAAGAAGACGACUCACAGUACUAAAGGUGAUUCUGCUCUUUAAAGCUGUGGUUCAGCUGUGGCUUUGUACAGUUACACAAUAAAACUGAUGUAUAUAUGUGAUAAAA